CGACUGCUCCGCCCGGCGUGCGCGGGGGCAGCGCCGCGCAUCCCCGGCUGGCGGGCGGGCGGCUCCGCUCCGCACCGCUCCGCUCGGCUCCGGGGGGUUGCGGCGCCAUGGAGGCGGUGGACCAGCUCGCCUCAGCGGGCACUUUCCGCGUGGUGAAGGAGCCGCUGGCCUUCCUCAGGGUGCUCGAGUGGCUUUUUGCAAUCUUUGCAUUUGCAACAUGCGGUGGCUACUCUGGAGAGCUGCGCCUCAGUGUGGACUGCGCAAACAAGUCAGAGAGUGACUUCAACAUUGACAUAGCCUUUGCCUACCCCUUCAGGUUGCAUGAAGUGAAUUUUGAUGUUCCCACCUGUGAAGGCAAGCGCCGAGAAGAGCUCUCCUUGAUAGGGGACUUCUCCUCUUCGGCGGAGUUCUUCGUCACCAUUGCAGUCUUCGCCUUCCUCUACUCGCUGGCUGCCACCGUGGUUUAUAUCUUCUUCCAGAACAAGUACCGUGAAAACAACAGAGGGCCUCUAAUUGAUUUCAUUGUGACAGUGGUCUUCUCAUUCUUGUGGCUAGUGAGCUCAUCUGCUUGGGCUAAAGGACUGUCAGAUGUAAAGGUUGCGACUGACCCAGAUGAAGUGCUGCUGCUGAUGUCUGCCUGCAAACAGCAGUCCAACAAAUGCUUGCCCGUUCGCAGCCCAGUUAUGUCGAGCCUCAACACUUCGGUUGUCUUUGGCUACUUGAACUUUAUCCUCUGGGCAGGCAACAUUUGGUUUGUGUUUAAGGAGACGGGCUGGCAUUCCUCGGGCCAGCGGCACCCUGCAGACACCAUGGAGAAGCAGCCCAGCAGCUACAACCAAGGUGGCUACAACCAAGACAGCUAUGGGCCAUCUGGUGGCUACAACCAGCCAGGCUCCUAUGGCCAGGUGGAUGAAUAUGGCCAGUCCCAGGGCUACAGCCAGAGUGGGCCAACCUCCUUUGCUAAUCAAAUUUAGGGUUCACGCAGCACGAGCUCUUGUACCCCUCACAUGCAGAGAGUUUAACAGGUCUCAAGUUACAGUGGUGCCAGAUUUUUAAGGGUUUUACAUAAAUUAAUACUACAACACAAUGUUUAAUGUUGGUUGAUGAUGUAAGCCUACAUCCUGAGGCAGAUGGGAGGUGACCAGUGGGCUGGAGCUGGCCUUUUUUUCCCCUGACUAGCCAGAUACAGGGGAUAUGCUCAUCACAGAGGAUGACCUGGAGUCAGUGUUGUAGUAUGUACUGUAGAGAUAACUUUAUGGUAGUUUUCUAUGUGUUAAGAUGGUAGAAGCAUUUUGUAGCCUCAAGUCUGUAGUAUUUAAUAUGCAUAAUAUAACUGAAUUUCCUUCUGCAUUUUGGUGACAAACAGAGGUGUUCUACUAUUCUUUCUACAGAUUAUUCUGUACAUCCAUGCAUGUAACAUCGCACCUUAAAUCUCCAAAACUGCCUGUCUGUGGCUCUUCAGAGCAUUUGUUUUGGUUCUCCCUUUUUUUUUUGUUUCAGAAGGUUUUACCAUUAUUUCAGUUACCUGAGUCAUCUGUAAUUUAGUGCAUGGAUAAGCAGUUUCAUACUAUCAAAUGUCUGGACUGUGUAAAUGGAACUUCUUGACUUCUGCCACUAUGUUUUGUUAAAUGUAUGUUUAAAAGAGGUAUGCAUCUUUUAUAUAUUUUGCAGAGUUGAAUAUAUGGCUUACCCACGUUCUGAAUGCUUUGUAACUAUAAAAUGUUUUGGUUUAUUUUUUUCUUUCCUUGAAAUGGCAUUCAGUAGCAUAUAUAUAUAUAUGGUACCUGACCAAUGUCUAUUCCAUUUAACUCAGCUAAGUAUUCAUUCUAGAAAUCACUAUUUCUAUGGAUGUUUUGUGAAACUUUUAAUGUGAGCUGUGGAGAAUAAGGACCAAGUAACUGUGUUAUAUGUUUACAAAGGUAUUUAUUUAACUAAGAUAACAGAGGUGCAGAUAUCAGUAUACAAAACCAUCUGAAAAUGCCCUGUUGCUUAAUGCAGCAAAACAUGAAAACCACAUGUACUGCCAUGACCUUACAAAGCAUCAAUAUUCCUUUACACCCUCUUUCUAACCCUGCUGUUUCAAGAUUGUUAGAUAACCCUCUGUUCUGUCACUGCUCUGAGCGCUAGCUUGGUGCUACUGGAGAAUGUAACUGGAUUGACCAAAUAACCCAGGCUCAGAGGAACUCCCUCCUAAAACAGCCAGAGCCAGAGUUGUAGCCUGUUCAGAUUUCUCCCCGGGAAAUUCAGCCCUUCCUCACUACAGCAUAUGGGAAGCACUGACACCAACAAAAGCCUGAAGCACAAUGUAAUAAUCAAAACUGAUUAUCUGCAUUUCUAAAUCAAAGUGUAUCAGUAUAUAAUCUUAUUGUAUGAGCUGUAAUGUUGAAAGCAUCUUAGCUUAAAACAGCUUAGUCUCUUCUCUGAUUGUUGUAACCAAUUUAUGGCUACUCGGUGGAUGAAUCUAUAUUGUGAUAUCUAUUUGACCCUAAUAAAGUUAUUGCAUACAAUG